CAGCGGGAAGCAGGAUGGCUGCUACCUAGGGAACUCAUCAGCACCUCCUCCCCAGAGGCUAAAUCGCCCCUGACCCCAGGUUCACCUGGGCCUACCCCUGCCCAGAUUGCCUAUCCUAACCUGCCCUUCCCGGCUGUAGGAGAGCCGCCUCUCUGGCAGCCUUCCAGCCAUCCUUAGCCCUUUUUUUUUCUCCCCCUCCUUCCAGCCUGUCCCAUCUGUGGCCCCUGUCUGACUCCCAUCUGGGGCUGGGGCAGUGUUGAGCACUAGAAGGGGUGCACGGUGCCUGGUCUCCUGAAGCGCUGGGCUCAGCUGGCAACAAGGGAAAGGCUGGGGGGUGGGCAUGUCUACCUCUAGGUGUGCUGCAGGGUUUUGCCACAGGCACCAUGCUGCCUUCUCCUGGAAUUCACCCCUUCCCCAGGGGAGCAGCCCUAGAAGCUGGAGGUCAGGGUCCCAUUGUUUGGGGUGACAGGUCUCUGUGAGUAUUUUAAGGGGGCAGAAUGGAGCGUGCCUGGUUGAAGUACUAGGCUACAUUUUGUCACCAAGGUAGGGGGUGGUAGGGACCCCUGCUGCUCCCCAACCCUGUCAGAGCUGCUGGAGCCUCAGGCAGGAAUCCACUAAGGCCACCCCCUGGGGCCUAGUGGGUACACAGACCCUUACUCAAAGGCCUCAGCUGGGAGGUCCCAGCUCCCCAUUCUUGGCACUCCUUUCCCCAGGGACCUCCAGGCCUCCUCAGCAAGAGCAAGGUUGUUCAGCUGCCUCUGCACUGGCAGCGGAGCAGCCUGUUUGGAAUUUUCCAGGGCCAAGAGCAGCCAUGGGGUGUGGAAGGAAGGGAUCAUUGUUAUGGCCGGCCUAGGACCGAAGCUCGUCUGGAGACAAAGAGGACUUUUCUUCACAUUGGAAAUCAAGUUCAAUUCUUCUUCACGGCUACAAGAUGGGGCACCAGCUGACCCUCGGGCUCCCCAGCACUGAAGAGCAGCCACCCCCUAAGCUGCCUUCCCUGCCCUUUGCCCUCGGCCCUUGCAAGAGCCCACUGCCUGGGGUGUCUCUUCUUUGUUGACCUCCCUCUGAUCCUGUAAGACUCAGCUCAGCUGCCACCUGUUCCAGAAGGCGAGAGAGGAAGGUCUUUAUAUUCAUGGCUCUGUCUGUGAGGCUGGUUCUGGAGCACGUGCAGGAGCAGUACCUGGCUGGAUACCUUCUGGACAGACCUCAUACAUGUAUUUAUCCAUUGACCUACAGAAGGACAGACAUCUCAGUUGCUGCCACUUUUUGCUGAUUAUGAAUAAAGCUGUGACAUGCUGCUGCUCAAGAAACAGACGGAGGACAUUAGCAGUGUCUAUGAGAUCCGGGAGAAGCUGGGCUCGGGUGCCUUCUCUGAGGUGGUGUUGGCCCAGGAGCGGGGCUCCUCACACCUUGUUGCUCUCAAGUGCAUCUCCAAGAAGGCCCUUCAAGGCAAGGAGGCCCUGGUGGAGAAUGAGAUUGCGGUGCUCCGCAGGGUCAGCCACCCCAACAUCGUGGCUCUGGAGGACGUCCACGAGAGCCCCUCCCACCUCUACUUGGCCAUGGAGCUGGUGACAGGGGGUGAGCUGUUCGACCGCAUCAUGGAGCGUGGCUCCUACACAGAGAAGGAUGCCAGCCACUUGGUGGGCCAGGUUCUUGGCGCUGUCUCCUACCUGCACAGCUUGGGCAUCGUGCACCGUGACCUCAAGCCUGAAAACCUCCUCUAUGCCACACCAUUCGAAGACUCUAAGAUCAUGGUCUCUGACUUCGGCCUCUCCAAAAUCCAGGCUGGCAACAUGCUGGGCACUGCCUGUGGGACCCCAGGAUAUGUGGCCCCGGAGCUCUUGGAGCAGAAACCCUAUGGAAAGGCCGUAGAUGUGUGGGCCCUGGGUGUCAUCUCCUACAUUCUGCUGUGUGGGUACCCCCCCUUCUACGACGAGAGCGACCCCGAACUCUUCAGCCAGAUCCUGAGGGCCAGCUACGAGUUUGACUCUCCCUUUUGGGAUGACAUCUCAGAAUCAGCCAAAGACUUCAUCCGGCACCUUCUGGAGCGAGACCCCCAGAAGAGGUUCACCUGCCAGCAGGCCUUACAGCAUCUUUGGAUCUCUGGGGAUGCUGCCUUUGACAAGGAUAUCCUGGGCUCAGUCAGUGAACAGAUCCAGAAGAAUUUUGCCCGAACCCACUGGAAGCGAGCAUUCAAUGCCACCUCUUUCCUGCGCCACAUCCGAAAGCUGGGGCACAGCCCAGAGGGUGAGGAGGCCUCAGAGCAGAAGAUGGCCCACCACAGCCACCCAGGCCUCCGGGCUGGCCAGUCCCCCAACUGGUGAUGCCCAGAUGCUGAAGCUGAGUGUACUGACCCCCAGAUUCUCUUCCCACGGACUCGUUCACUCCUCUUCCCCAUCCCCUGUACCCCGGGGCUGGCCUCUGCUGGAGAGUUUGAGACAUGUCAGUGUGGCACAUGGCACUGGGGUGAGAGUGGGGCACCCCCAGGCUCUGCCCUCACCUAGGGGCUGGUGGAGCAUGUCCACAGGGCUCCCCUCCCCUGUCACCGCCACAACCCCUGUGAAACCUGGAGACGCUCCAGGGAAAGUCCUUCCUGCACGCUGUUCUGCGCUUUGCUGACUGUGGGUGGUCCUGCUUGUGUUGUGGCCCUCCAGCUCCCCUUCCACUUUUCCCCAAAUCAAUAAAGACAGA